AAGAAAGAGAUGGGGGGAUUCGAACUUGUGACCUAUUGUUCACAGUACCAAUCUUAACCACUAGACCAAGACAUCCUUGAUAUACUACACUAACUUACGAGUCCUCCUUUUGUUAAUUUCUUCAUAUCUCAUUAAUAAGGUACGGAUUUAGCAUAAUAAUUGUGAUUAUCGUGGAACUUUGUAUGUCAUUAGUAGAUUAGAGUAUAAUUAUGACAAUGAGGUGAUUAUGUAAUCUUUGAGGCUUAAAUUUCUCCAAAGACAAGGGACACGUCGCCUAUGUUAUAAACUAAGGACGGCACCGAAUCCAUUUGACUUCGGCUGUCUGUCACACUCAUUUCCUUUAUAUACUCCUUGUACCCCUUCUACGGACCUACAACUUUUCUGCUUCUCCACAUUUUCUCUUUCUAAAACUUCUUUCUCUCCCAAAAACUAAGGGUUAGUUCUUAAUCUUUUGGGACACUUUGGAAAAAACUUGGAACACUACAACUUUCUAAAACGAGUAUAAUCAUCAUGGGAAGAGCACCUUGUUGUGAUAAAAAUGGAUUGAAGAAAGGUCCUUGGACUCCUGAGGAAGACCAAAAACUCUUGGAUUAUAUUCAAAAACAUGGUUAUGGUAAUUGGAGAACUCUUCCUAAGAACGCUGGACUUCAAAGAUGUGGGAAAAGCUGUCGUCUACGAUGGACUAAUUAUCUCCGACCAGACAUCAAAAGAGGAAGAUUUUCAUUUGAAGAAGAAGAGACCAUAAUUCAACUCCAUAGUAUUUUAGGGAAUAAAUGGUCGGCUAUUGCUGCUCGUUUACCAGGAAGAACUGACAAUGAAAUCAAGAAUUAUUGGAACACCCACAUUAGGAAAAGAUUGCUAAGGAUGGGAAUCGAUCCUGUGACACAUAGUCCUCGUCUCGAUCUCUUAGACCUAUCUACCAUAUUAAGUAACUCAUCUUUUUACAAUAACACUACUUCUUCAUCAUCACAUUCUCAAAUGAACAACAUGUCAAGGUUACUUGGGUUCUCAAAUUUGGUAAACCCUAAUGAGCUACUAAAAGUAGCUACCUCAAUUCUUUCAAAUCAACGCCAAAACCCUAAUUCUUCUUUAUACCAAGAUUUCCAAGGUAAUGAUUUUACUAGCAAUGCUCAAAUGCAAAAUAACUUUAAUAACCCAAUGUUACAAACUACACAAAUUCAAACUCCAAUUAUAAAUCCGAUCCCAACUUGUACUACAAUGACUACUACUGCUACUGCUACUACUGCUGCUGCUACUACUGGUGCUAUUGCUAUUGCUACAGAUAUUGAUACGCGUCCUUGUGUACCAAUUUAUGAUGAAGCUCAAUUAAUGGAGCCUAAUUUUGAGCAAUAUUCUACAAAUAUUACCAACUUUGAUGCCCAAAACUUAAAUCAAUGGCAAAAUCAUGGUUUGUCCAUGCCAGAUGGGUUGGUUAAUUAUCAACCAACAAGUUUUGAUUAUUAUGGUUCUCAUCAAAGUUUUAUAGACCCUUCAUUAUCUGAUAAUUCUACUUUUCAAUCAUAUAAUGUACAUCAAAACUAUAUGAGCUAUGGACCUUCGGUUAUGUCAACACCAUCUUCAAGCCCUACACCUCUAAAUUCGAGUUCGAAUUCAACUACAUAUGUCAACAGCAGUGGAACAGAAGAUGAACGAGAAAGCUAUUGUAGUGAGAUGAAUAAGUUUGAAAUUCAUGAUAUUCUUGAUGUUAAGCAGUUUUUGUUAGCUUAAUUAGACCAACUAAUUAUGAAAUAAUAGUUAUUUGCCCAAUUAGGUUUAAUUUUUCCCUUCUUUUUUUUUCUUAUGUAUCUAGGAUUAUUUUCUCUCUUUUGCUUUAACUUGUUUAUUUAUAUUUGUGGAUACACUGUAUAAUUUUAAAGAACUAUUUUAUGUAAUUUUCAGCUGAUGAAUGCAUAAAGAUUCAAGAUAUCCAUCAAAUCUCACUUUGUUUUAACCUUCAUUGGAA